CUUGCACAUCGGUACCGCUCACCGCGUCUCUCCUGUAACUCAGAGAGACGCAACAGGACUACGGACAGCGACGAGAGGGCGACGAAGGGUGUGGGGGAGAGACCCAGUGACCUGCGGGGUUUCCAGCGAUGCCAAUGGAUCCGCGCUUCUAUCCAUCACGGCCACCGUUACCACCUUCCUCAUCAUCUUCAUCUUCUUCAUCACAAUCCCAACGACCGGGAUCUUCUUCAGCAGCGGCAGCACCAGUAGCAUCGCCCUCUUCUCCUUCCUCUUCAUUCUAUCAUAGCUCUCAACAACAACAACAACCAUCAUACCAUCAUUACCAGCAACAACAGCCAGAACAGCAGCAGCAGCAGCAGCAACAACAGCAUCACUAUCAUUCACAUCAGUACCAGACUCAGCCAUCGCGCUCUCUGCAUCCCCCUCUCCCUCCUCCUCCUCCUCCACCUUCUCAUGUGACUCAAUAUGGACAGCAUAAUCCCAGCUACCCUCACCUACACCAUGCGUACGCUUCUACUUCUUACCAAGACGCUCCUUCCUCUUCCUCCGCCUCCUCGUCGUCUCUACCGCCUCCACCGCCUCCCUACCCUUACACAUCUGGAGUGCCUGCGUAUCCCUCCUGGGCUGCCACUACGGAAUCGCAAUAUUCAGGGUCCACUCCUUAUCACGGGUCCAGCAGCGCCUACUCCCACUCGUCGCGAUUCUAUCCAAGCUCCUCUUCCACUCCCCCCUCUGCGGGACCUUCUCGAUCGCCGCAUGCUCCACACUCCUCUCACCAUGGUGACCCCUCGCACGGGGUUCAUUCAAGAGGACCGAUGACCUACUCUCCCGCUGCCGGAAGAAGCACGCCCGAAGGGCUGGGCAAGAGGAAGGGAGCCCCCGGUGGAGGGCCAAUGGCGAGGGACGCCUCCCAGCCCUACCUCAAGAAGCAGCAGGCAUGCCUGACGUGCAAGCGAAGAAAGACCCGAUGCGAUGCCGUACGACCCAUUUGCGGCGCUUGUGGUCGCUCUCAAAAGCGAGCAGCCAGAGGCCAUGCCCUCACGGCCGACGUGCCUCCUGGAGACUGUGUCUAUCCCGAAGAGGACAGUCCUAGCUCUCCUGCUGCAUCCGCCUCCGAGUCCAUGGCCGACGCUGCCUUCACCACGCCUAUACUCGCACGUCACCCGACAACAAUCGAGUCUACAUCGGCACGCAUUGGUGAAGCCGAGGCCUCGAUGCCGUUUGCCUCUCGUCCCAGCAGCCGAGGCAAUCGCAAUCCCUCAAUGAUAGCGACAGGGCCCUCACCGGGUGUGAUCAGCUCGGACAGUAGUCCUAGAACCGUCAAUACUGUCACCACGGCCCCAACCAGCUACACUGAUCUCCAUCGUGGCAGACACGGCGAGUUACGCAACGAGCGCAUCGUCCUGGAAUUACAGUCUUCGCAUGGUCAGAGAGCCCGAGUCCGACGGGUGUAUCAGACAUCGGUACGUGAUGGCGAGAAUCCCCAGAUGAGCCUACGCAAUCUUAUGGACCCCAUCUACUCGGAAAAUCCUACGGCCGCCAACGCGAGUUUCAGCGGCCCAAGCAAAUCUACUUCGAAGAGGGACGGCGAUGAGGAGGAGGAUAAGCCAAAGAUCGAUCUGAUGCUCAGGCAGCUUUUGCCCGAGCUGACUCCUGACCUCCCCACCCCCGAGACCAUUCACCACAUGGCCAAGCUCUUCUUUGACAAGCAUCCUCUACGGAAUAUGUUCUGCAAGAAAUUCAUGCUGGCCAGGUUCCGCCUACCGCCCGGUCACCCACUACGUCCUCACCCUUCCCUCAUCCACGCCGUCUUGGCCGUAGCCGAGCCGUACUCCCCUCUGCUGGGCCCAGUACGUGAUCACAAUCCUCUCUGGCGUCAAGCCUCAGACGAAGACGAGACGGCGGCAGACAAUCCGGGCAAGAAUGCCAUGCCGUCCAUGUAUGAGAAGAUGGCAUACGACUUUGAAGCCAGUGGGAGAGGCUUGCUGGGCAUCGUCCACCCCCUCGAGGCUUCACGACCAGAGCUCUCCGUUGGGCCGGGUUCGUCAUUUGGGGAAUUCCAUUUGGCCAAGGCCAGGAGGGAGAUAGAGGUUGCGCUUCUUACCUCCAAUUCUAGGCCACGGGAAUGGAUUCAAGCAACCGCAUUGGUCUUGUACGGCAUCAGCGAGCGUUGUCGAGCCGGAGAGUACUUCCUCCUCGCUGCAUGCGCCGCUCGUGGCAUGAGUGCUACCGCGUACGGCAGGAUGCCAAACGACCGGGACCAUAUUGGAUACACUCGCGGCAUCAUCGGCCCUCCCGAGAAUUCCAUUGCUGACUACGAGCAACGCAUGGCUUUCUGGCAGGUCUACAUUGCCGACACGUAUGGCGGUGGUGGGGUGAGGCACUACGAGCCGACCUUCUGUGACGAGAAGAACCAGUUGACGACCACUAUGCCUGUGCAGAUGGAAGAGGUCGAGGAAGAUACCGAUCUCGUCUACUCGCAGCAGACGUUCAAUUCGCCGGAUCUCUUCCGUGCGGGGCAUACAGACUCAUUCUCGUUGCUCGUCAAGUCGGCCAGUCUGCUCAAACGGGCGAGAAUGAUCGCUAGUCGAAAUGGAACAGAACUGAGCUUGAUGUCGCGACCACCUCCGCAGGUGCUGGAGCUCGACUCGGAUGUCAAGGACUUUCUGACCACCUUUCCGAAGAGAAGAGGCAUAGAUUCAGACUGGAUCGUCGCUGGUGAGUCGUUGCGAGGAGGGCACAGGCGACAUGACUGUAGGUCAACAGUUGAUUGACUUUUGAUGUUACACCCUUUCCGCGUUCCUCACAGAGGCCAAUACAUGCCUGGCCAUUAUUACCAUCCACACAUUCUUCAUCGAGGUCACUGGUCUGGACUACAACACGACCUUUGGCCGUGGUCCCGUCGAGCGAGCGUCGGAGAUCCUUCUCGGUACUAUCCACUUCCUCCUCAACUCUGCAUACGACUUGUCUCUGCUUCACUCGCAGAC